AUGGGCCAAUUUCGCCGCCUCCGCCACCAAUUUACACUCUCUUCCGCCACCUUGGCAGCCUUAGCUUUUCUUCUAAUUUCUUCAGUUUCAGCUCUUAGCCUUAACCCAACUCGCCAAUUCACUGUUGGGGUGAGGAAGGAGGUGGUGGUGGAAGGAGAACUGACUCGUCGGAGACUCGGCGGGCCAGGAUCAUGGCCACCCACUUGCAGAUCCAAGUGUGGAAGAUGCUUGCCGUGUAAACCAGUGCACGUGCCGAUUCAACCUGGGCUGCGUAUCCCAUUGGAGUACUAUCCAGAGGCUUGGCGUUGCAAGUGUGGCAACAACCUGUUCAUGCCUUAG